AUGAUCCCCUCACUCACGAAACUUGGGCUUAUCUUGGGCUUUCUCCUUGCCGUACAGGCCAGGCGAAGGAGCACGCCCGAUUCGUUUUUGGCAUACGGGCCCCUCUGUAUGAUGAUGGAUCCAGCUAACAACCAGGAUUCCGAGGAGUACACAGAGUGCCAUGCCAAAGCACGGCUUAGUUUUGACGCCUGCACCCCCUCUAAUGAAGCGUGUCGGUGUUACUACAUCGGCGUGGCCGCCAGCGAAUGUGUGAAGCUUUGCGACACCUACGACCAGGAUACGUUUGAGGCGUUGCGACAUUUGUGCUUGAACAAUCCUUACGUGCUCAAUAUCAACUCUGGGGCCGACAUCGGAGAUUUGUCUGUCGACCCUACACAUUUGGAGUCUGACCUUCUUGGAGACUCUCUGCACCGAGACGCGGCACAGCAGGGACUCGCGGAAGCAGCCGCCCAGGAUACCACCUUUUCCGAUGAAAACAUGCUAUAUGACAUUUCCGACUUGCAGUGGGAGCGAAACUCGCUUAACCCGGCGUCCAACAGCCACGAUGCCUUAAAGGACAAAGAGAAUUACCGUGUGUUGGCCGAGUACGGCGCUUUCGACGAAGCGGAUAUAGGUACCGAUUUGGCAGCAGUGGUGUCAGUGCAGACAUGGGGAGGGAUUGUACCGAAGGGCUCUGCAGAAGCCUCGCAGCUGCCUGCAAAUGCGGCACUCAAUGCCGAAAAACCUGCGACGAAUGGGGAAACUUUAGGCUCACCCCCUGUCAUGCCACACAACACGCAAGAAAAAUUAAGCUCUGAUACGGAGGUGAAAGAGGAAAAAAGCUCUGAUAAGAGCGCUGCCCAGCCCCAGACGCUGUUAUGCCUGAGUGAAUCAUCAGGGCACCGUCUCUCAGUGACGAUGAUUGCAAUAGCGGUGGCCAUAGGAUCUGCCGUGUGGACAACUGGCGGAGUAUAA